CUCGGUUUCGCGUCCUUCCACCGCACAAUGGAGAGCAGACUUGCGCAGUUCGCAACGCUGAACCAGAAGGACAAGGCGACCGCCUACCAGUCUCUUCUCGCUGAGGUCCUCGCCCAGGAAGAUCAGUCCAAUCUCCACGCCGAGAUCCACACCCUCAUCGACAAUGCGGUCAAUCAGGAGAGCGUAGGUCUCGUCAUUAGCAGAGGCAUCCUAUCCGAGCUCGUCAAGGCACUAUCAGAAGGCAAGGUUCGCAACACCGAGCAGAGGAAGCGCAUCGUCGAGGACACUUUGAGCAUCGUUCAGCCCCGCAUCGUGAGCUAUGAGGAGCAGGUGAACUCACUACGCUUCCAACUAGCGGACAUUCUCGAGGAGGAGGAGCAAUGGAGCGACGCGGCACGAGUGCUUACUGGUAUCUCACUAGAUUCUGGCCAGAGGUCCCUUCCUGACGAGGAGAAGCUGCGCGUAUACGUACGGAUAGUGCGCCUACUGCUUGAAGACGAAGACUCGGUUGAGGCGGAACGGUACUACAACCGCGCCGCCUUGCUUGCACACAGCACAACGGAGAGGGAGACACUGCUGCAGUUCAAGCUUUGCCAGGCGCGUAUCAGUGACUAUAGCCGGAAGUUCCUCGAGGCUGCCAGCCGGUACCAUGAACUCAGCUGGGUCGCGGAGAUCGACGAAGAGGAGCGCAAACAUAUGCUGUCUGCCGCGAUGACAUGCGCGAUCCUGGCCCCAGCAGGCCCGAACCGUUCGCGAGUGCUUGCGGCGCUCUGUCGCGAUGAGCGCACCGCAGAGCUCCCGUCCUUCAACAUCCUACUCAAAAUGUUCCACGACCGCAUCCUGCGCCCGAACGAGAUCAAGGAGUUCGAAGGCACGUUGAAGCCUCAUCAGCUUGCCAAGAUCUCCAUCUCGUCCAACGACCGCCUUGCAUCUGCGGUCGCGGAUGAUGACCAGGCAAACGACGCCACGAUCAGCACGCGCAAAGGUCCCGCCACCGUGCUCGACCGCGCCGUGAUGGAACACAACUUGCUCGCGAGCUCCAAGAUCUACAACAACAUCACGUUCCGCGGCUUGGGCGCGCUCCUUGACCUCACUCCGGGCGCGGCUGAGACGAUGGCGCGCCGGAUGAUUGAGCAAGGACGGCUGAAGGGGUCGAUCGACCAGGUUGAGAAGCUGAUCUCGUUCGAUGUCCUUGGUGAAGAGGAUGACGCGCAGGGCAAGGCCGGCGGUCUCGGCGAUGUCGAGCAGGUUGAGGAGGAUACCGGCGCCCCCUUCACGAAACGAUGGGACAUGCAGAUCCGCCUGACAGCGGCGAAUGUGGAGACAAUCGUGCAACACCUCACAGAGAAGGGGCUGGUGUCGUUUGGAGCAGUACAAGUAUGAAUAUGCGAUAGAAUGUGCGAGGCUUACAUCUGUCAGAGGGUGCUCGUAGUAGAAGUCCCUGCGGGGGAGUGUACGAUGUGUACGACAAUACAUAGCAUCCUGGACUCGUAACAGCACGAAAAACCUCAGUCCUGAUCGCCACCGCCACCGCCACCGCCCUCCUCGUCCCUCUUACGUUUCUUCUCCCGCUCCCGUUUGGUCUCCAUCUCGUGCCACUCUCCCUGAAGGGUCGAUAAUCCGGUAGGCGCCGCUGCGAACGGCUCCUCCUGGUUGAAGUACGGUGCGUCCAGAGCCUGCAGUGCCGUGAUACGACGCUCCGGAUUAUAAGUGAGGAGCCUCUCAGCAAGAUCCAAGCCAGCGGGGGUGAGCCACUUCUUGAACAACUCCCUGAACCUGUUCGGCAUGUCUUCUGAAGACCGCAGAAGCUCGAACCACGGAAGGCUGGUGAUCCCAGGCCAUUCUUCUAUGGAAGGCGUGCCGAAGAUCUUGUACACGACGUGUACUUGGUGAAUCUCGUCCACGCCUUGGAAGACGGGCUUCUUCGUGAACAACUCGAGCAUGAUGCAUCCGGCACUCCACAUGUCGACUUCCGGCCCAUAGAUCGUCGCGCCCAACAGCAGCUCGGGAGGGCGGUACCAUUGCGUGAUGACGCGGUUGGUGUAGUCGCUCUUUCGGCGCUUCUGGUAGAAUCGGGCAAGACCAAAGUCGGCGAGCUUCAGCUCUCCACGGUUGUUGACCAGGAUGUUCGAGCCCUUGAUGUCGCGGUGGAUGACGCCCUUGUGGUGAAGGUACGCCAAGCCGGCUAGCAUCUGGCGGCAGAAUGACUUGAGAUGCGCCUCUGUAAACUCAAACUGAUUCUGCGACAAGACGCCAGUGAGGUCAUGGUCCAUGUACUCGAAGACCAUGUAUACAGAGCCUUUCGAAACGAGCAUCUCGUACAGCUGAACGACAUUCUCGUGCCGCAGGGACUGCAAGAGUUUCACCUCCCGCAUGGCAGUGACGGGGAAACCAUCCUUCUCCGACUCCAUCUUGAUCAGCUUCAAAGCGACCAUCCGCCCGUUCGCCGUGUUGCUCGCUUUGUAGACCUUGCCGAAUGUUCCAGAACCAACCUGGCCAAGCAAAACGUACAACUUCUCCUUGUCACCGAGCUGUGGAGAUGCUUGUGCUGUGUUCCGACGAGACGGAACGCGCCGCCCCAAGCGUCGUUCAUUACCACGCCGUCCCGGAGACUGGCUAGGGCUCUUUUCCAUAUCGGCGGAGGCCCGGCCGCGUUGCGGAGAUGUCGCACGACUUGGUGAGCUAUCACCACUCAAUCGGGUUGUCUGUAGUUCGGGCGAAUCUGGUUGGGGGGUCGGAGGGCGUUGUCCUCGAGAGCGGCUAGUAGGAGGCGGAGGAGAAUCGUCGUCGUCAUCGUCGUCGCCAGGGAAAAAUCGCUUGAGUGAACUGCUGGCUUGUCCGAUCGGCUUGAAACCGGGUUUCUUGCCUGUCGUUGUACUGGAGGAGCCCGCUGCCGUGCUUGAUGGACGGACCCCCGAAGAAGGAGACGCAGAUCUGCGGCGUGGGGAGGGAACUUUAGGCGGCGGCAUAGAUCUGGGUUUGGUCUCCGUGUGUGGGCGUUCAGGAAGUCCGGGGAAAAGCUCGGAGAGCUUGCCAUUGAUGUUCUUGUUGCCCCCUUUCCGGUUGCGAUUCUGGCCAUUGCGGAAGGCGCCCUUGAUUAUAGGGACGUCUCUGACGGUCGACACCGGCGGCAGUCGAUGCUUGGCUCUGGGACGGUCUCUUGGACUCUGUGUAGGGCUGCGCGACCUGCUGCGGCUAUAGCUCGAGGCAGAUGAACUUCGUCGCCUACCGCGCCCUCGACUACUGAUACUCGAGGGAGGCGAACGGGAGUAACGCCCAUCACGACGAAUCUCUCGACCCCGAUUUCUGUCCGAGUGGCUUGGACUACGACCACUGCGAGGAGGACUGUCGUCGCGUCGUCGUCGCUUCGGAGUACCGAGUGAACGGGACCGGCUUCGGUAUGAGCGCCGAGAAUGAUAGGACUCGGCGGGGGAACGAGAUCGAGCAGGAGAGACCGAAUCACGAUGACGACGCUUUCCUGUCGAUGGUGGGGCGCUCUUCUUGGAUGUAGAGGAGUCUCGUCGAGUCCAGUUGUUUAGUUGGCUGUCGUCGUCACGCCAAUUGCGUUUUUGCCGGUUGGUGUUGCUGUUAUUGUUGGCGUUGUUGUUAUUCCCGUUCUUCUUUCCACCUUUUCCCUUGUUCUUUGACUUGUUGGAGUGCGAAUGCUGGUUGCGCUGGGACGAGUUCGAGCCACCGUCCCGCCGAGCAGUCUGCCACGAUGGAGCGGGUUCCCAAGAACGAUCCUCUCGAUGAGAUGGUUCACCGCUACCAGACCACUCCCGAGGUGGCUCGUCCCACGCAUGCGACCCCGAAGAGUGCUUACGCGAGUCCCAACCAUUGUCACUACGCCAUUCCCGGGGCGGACCUUCCUUGCGGUCAUCUUUCCAGUCGUUUUCGUGUCGAGAUUGUCCACUGUGCUGGCCCGAACGCCCUUCCCGGUCAUAGCCGCCAGCGCGGUCGUCGUGACGGCGAGCAGGCGUCCACCCAGCAGUGUCCUGUAGAGGUUGCGCUGAAUGGCCCCGGUCGGGGUCGUCCGCCGUGUGUCGAGAAGAAGAGGAAUUCCGUACGUCGUAUGACCCACGUCCUGACCAACCAUCUCCCUCUCGUGCAUCAUGCGGUCCCCCUCCCCGUCUCUGCUCUUCUCUGCGGCCAUAUGCGUAACGUUCAGGCGUGUCGGCCAUCUUCCACGGGUCGUCGGCGUCGUAGCGGCCUCGAGAGCCGGACUCUUCUCUUCUCAUGUGGCUGCCGUUGCGGGAGGAUCUUGGGGAACGUUGAGCGGUGUUGCGGUCUGCACUGGGAUCCCCGUCGUCUAUUCCCGGGCUGUGUCGACUCCUUCGCUUGCUCGAAUUCAUGCAGUGUGCGCUGGCGAGGGCGUGCGAGGUGAUGGCAGGAGGCGAGACGAGCGUCGACUUUGGACGCUCACGUUACGUGCACCGUGACGGAGCAAAGUCAAAGGUCAAGGGUUUCCCCUCCACAAACUCUCGCGCCAACUCAAACAGGUUCAACGACAGCUCCUCCCAAUCACACAGACACGGACGCAUGCGUCCCGGGGAAUAGGUACGAAGAUGGUACAAGAGGCCACAGAGAGCUGUAUAUGCGUCGAGGUUGUUCGGAAAGCAGUAUUUACUUAUAGCAUGCAAAGCACCGAGCAAAGCACCGAGCAGAGAGAAACGACGCCCAGGUAGCGUCGUGGUACGAGCUUGAGCUUGUGGCACCGCCAACCGAGCCUCUGAGAACAAAAAUGUUCC